GACAUGCCGUUUUCGAACACCUCAAAUUUUUUGCCAUUUUCGGAUUUCCUCAUGUUAGCCUUAAAGCCCCGACGGUUCUCUUGGUUUGUCCAACAAGCUCACACCUUCGAAGGUGAAAAAACCUAGGAAGCUGAAUCGUUGAAAAACCUCCGACUUCGAUUCACGAAAAUUCUCCUUCGAUGGACGACUCUUAUGGCAAACAAGUGGUGUUGAUAACAGGCUGCACACAGGGAGGCAUCGGACACGCCCUGGCCAAAGAAUUUGCUGCUAAUGACUGCCUUGUUGUUGCCACCAGCAGGUCCUUGGCCUCCAUGGAAGACCUUCGGGAAGACUCCAGGUUCUUCCUUCAAGAACUCGAUGUUCUGUCAGAGGAGAGCUUGCAGCGAGUUGUCUCAAAUGUUCUGGAAAAGUAUGGAAGAAUCGAUGUGCUGGUUAAUAAUGCUGGCGUUCAGUGUGUUGGUCCUCUAGCCGAGCUUCCUUUAUCUGCGCUGGAGCAGACCUUCAGUACUAAUGUUUAUGGUCCUAUGAGGUUAGUUCAAGCUGUUGUUCCUCACAUGGCAUCUAGGAGAAAGGGAAAAGUCGUAAAUGUUGGAAGUAUUAUUGCUCUGGCCUCUUCUCCAUGGGCUGGUGCCUACAAUGCUUCCAAAGCUGCAAUGCAUGCUCUGACUGAUACCUUGAGAUUGGAACUUAGGCCUUUGGGGAUUCAUGUUAUCAACGUUGUCCCAGGAGGUAUUAGCUCAAACAUCGGUGAUUCUGCCAUAACCCGUUACAACCAGAUGCCAGAGUGGAAGUUAUACAAGCCAUUUGAAGCAGCAAUAAAAGAGAGAGCCUAUUUUUCUCAAGGAACAAAGUGCACCCCCUCAGAAGAGUUUGCAAAGAAGACUGUAGCUGUGGUGCUGCAAGCGAACCCGCCAGCAUGGUUUUCCUAUGGCCAAGGUUCAACCAGGCUGGCUAUCAUGUACCAUCUGCCUCUUUUUAUCAGAGAUUUUAUCUAUAGGCGUGUAUUUAAAUGCUGAUGUUUCAGGUUUGUAUGACAUUUAUAAAGUCUUGCGCAUAAAGAACCUUUUAAGUAAAGAUUGGGUGGUUCAGGUUAAACAUGUGAAUCGUGAGGCUAAUUUUUGUGCGGAUAGCCUUGCUAACCUUGGUUUUCAUUUGCCACAGGGUAUUCAUGUCUUUGAUAGUCCUCUUGCUGUUA